CUAUGGGAGCUACCGCCUCCGCAGGCCUCGCUUUCCCAUUGGCUCCGAGGCGGGACGUGGCCCCGCCCACCGCCCUUGAUUGGCUUCCGACCUUCUCCCGCCUUCCCCGUCUCCCUGGCAACGCGGACGCCGGGCGGGGUGAGGGGGGUCCGGCUCCCUGCUCGGCUGGGGGGGGCGGCGCAUGCGCACGGGGGCGCUGCGCGGCGAGCGGUGGGCGCGAUGAAGCAAGUCUUCAGUCUAAUAGAAAAAUCAUGGUCUGGUUCCUCUGUGCAGUUUGCUUGGCAGAAAACUUUGGGAAAUUUCCUUGCUGUAACAGGAGGUGAUCGCACGGUGAGCAUUUUUGAUCGUCACGGUCAGAAGAUAAAUGAAAUUACCUUACCAGGUAACUGUGUUACCCUGGACUGGGAUAAAGAUGGAGAUACUUUAGCAAUAAUUACAGACAAAUCUAGUGCCAUUUAUCUCUGGGAUGCCAACACAAACAAAACAAGCCAAUUAGACAGUGGCAUGAGGGAUGCAAUGUCUUUCUUAUUAUGGUCUCGAGUUGGAAGUUUACUUGCCAUUGGAACCACAAAGGGAAACUUGCUUAUAUAUAACCGCCAGACUUCUCGCAAGAUUCCUGUUCUUGGUAAGCACACUAAGCGGAUUACUUGCGGUUGUUGGAGCACUGAAAACCUUCUGGCUCUAGGCGGUGAAGAUAAAAUGAUUACUAUAAGCAAUCAGGAAGGGGAUACUAUCAGACAGACCUCAGUGAACUCAGAACCCAGUGAUAUGCAGUUCUCAGUUAUGAAGACUGAUGAAAGAGUAUCAACCAGGGAAAGCACAGUAAGUGUAGUGGUCGGCAAGAAGACUCUCUUUCUUUUUAAUUUGAAUGAUCCUGAUAACCCGAUUGAUCUGAAAUUUCAGCAGUCUUAUGGCAGUAUUGUAACGUACAGAUGGUAUGGUGAUGGCUACAUUAUGAUUGGUUUCUCACGAGGAUGUUUUGUAGUCAUUUCUACACACAUUCGUGAAAUAGGUCAAGAAAUCUUUCAAGCUCAUAAUCAUAAGGAUAAUCUAACCAGCAUUGCUAUAUCACAGUCAUUGAACAAAGCUGCAUCAUGUGGAGACAAUUGCAUUAAAAUCCAUGAUCUGUCAGACCUGAGAGAGAUGUAUGCUAUAAUAAACCUGGAUGAUGAAAACAAAGGUGUAGAACAGCUGGCUUGGACAGAUGAUGGACAGUUGUUGGCAGUAUCUACACGAAGAGCAUCCCUUCAUGUUUUCUUGACAAAGCUUCCAAUCCUGGGAGAUGCUUGCAGUACGCGGAUCGCAUACCUCACAUCUCUUCUUGAAGUUACUAUAGCCAACCACGUGGAGGGAGAGCUACCAGUCACUGUCUCUGUUGAAGUAGAGCCCAGUUUUGUUGCAAUUGGUGUCUAUCAUUUGGCUGUAGGAAUGAACAAUCGGGCUUGGUUUUAUGCACUUGGAGAGAACAAUGUGAAAAAGCUUAAAGAUGUGGAGUACCUGGGUACAGUUGCAAACAUGCAUCUUAAUUCUGAUUAUGCUGCUGCUCUCUUUGAGGGUAAAGUCCAAUUGCAUAUGAUAGAAAGUGAAGGCUUGGAUGCUCAGGAAGAACGGGAAACUCGUCUCUUCCCAGCAGAUGAUGAUAAAUGCCGAAUUUUAUGCCAUGCUUUAACUGGUGACUUCCUUAUAUAUGGCACAGAUACUGGAGUAAUUCAUUAUUUCUACAUUGAAGACUGGCAAUAUGUGAAUGAAUAUCGUCAUCCUGUCGGUGUGAGAAAAAUUUUUCCUGAUCCCAAUGGAACCAGACUGGCUUUCAUAGAUGAAAAAAGUGAUGGCUUUGUCUACUGCCCAGUAAGUGAUAGAUUAUAUGAGAUUCCAAAUUUCUCACCAACUAUUAAAGGAAUCCUGUGGGAAAACUGGCCAAUGGAUAAAGGUGUUUUUGUUGCUUAUGAUGAUGAUAAAGCGUAUACUUAUGUCUUUCAUAAAGAUGCCAUUCAAGGAUCCAAGGUUAUAUUGGCAGGUGGCACCGAUGUCCCCUUUUCCCAUAAACCUUUGCUGCUGUAUAAUGGAGAACUAACUUGUCAGACUCAGAGUGGGAAAACAAACAAUAUCUAUCUCAGUACUCACAGUUUCCUUGGAAAUUUGAAAGACUUUGGACCUAAUGAGCUGGCAGAAAUGCUUACUCAAACGUUAAUGUUGAAAAGGUUUUCUGAAGCUUGGGAGAUAUGCAGGCUUCUGAAUGACCCAUCUGGUUGGAAUGAACUGGCCAAAGCCUGCUUAUAUCAUAUGGAGGUGGAUUUUGCAAUACGUGUUUAUCGGACGUUUGGUAAUGCUGGGAUGGUGAUGUCACUAGAACAGAUAAAGGGAAUAGAAGACCACAACCUUUUAGCAGGACACCUUGCCAUGUUUACUGGUGAUUUUAAUCUGGCUCAGGAUUUAUAUCUGGCAUCCUCCCGUCCUACUGCUGCACUUGAGAUGCGAAAAGACUUGCAACACUGGGACAGCGCGCUUCAGCUGGCUAAGCGGUUGGCCCCAGACCAAAUCCCAUUCAUAUCAAAGGAGUAUGCAAUGCAGCUUGAAUUCACGGGUGAUUAUAUUAACGCUCUGGUGCAUUAUGAGAAGGGAAUUACUAAAGACAAUAAGUACCAGGAACAUGAUGAAGCUUGCCUCGCUGGGAUAGCUCAGAUGUCCAUUCGAACGGGAGAUAUCCGUCGAGGGGUAAACCAGGCCAUCAAGCAUCCCAGUAGGUUACUAAAAAGAGACUGUGGAACUAUCCUGGAGAGUAUGAAGCAAUUUUCAGAAGCUGCUCAGCUGUAUGAAAAGGGACAAUAUUAUGACAAGGCAGCAUCAGUAUACAUCCGGUGUAAAAACUGGGCAAAGGUUGGUGAGCUUCUUUCUUAUGUUUCGUCUCCAAAGAUUCAUCUACAAUAUGCAAAGGCCAAAGAAGCUGAUGGCAGUUACAAGGAAGCUGUGAUGGCUUAUGAAAAUGCAAAACAGUGGGACAGCGUAAUCCGACUGUAUUUGGAUCACCUUAAUAAUCCUGAAAAGGCUGUUAAUGUUGUGAGAGAAACACAGUCUCUUGAUGGAGCAAAGAUGGUGGCCAGAUUCUUCCUGAAGCUCGGUGACUAUGGCUCUGCCAUCCAGUUCCUGGUCAUGUCCAAGUGCAAUAAUGAGGCUUUCACAUUAGCUCAACAACACAACAAGAUGGAGAUUUAUGCUGAUAUCAUCAGUUCUGAGAAUACUAGCAAUGAAGAUUAUCAGAGCAUUGCACUGUAUUUUGAAGGAGAAAAGAAACAUUUUCAAGCAGGAAAAUUUUUCUUGCUUUGUGGCCAGUAUGCACGGGCAUUAAAGCACUUUAUAAAAAGUCCAAAUACAGAAGAUAACUUGUCUAUAGAAAUGGCAAUUGAAACAGUGGGACAGGCAAAAGAUGAAGCCCUAACAAAUCAGCUGAUAGAUUAUCUUAUGGGAGAGAGUGAUGGCAUGCCUAAGGAUGCCAAGUACCUAUUCCGCCUGUACAUGGCACUGAAGCAAUACCGAGAAGCUGCCAGGACUGCUAUCAUAAUUGCCAGGGAGGAGCAGUGCUCAGGAAACUACCGAAAUGCACAUGAUGUUCUUUUCAGUAUGUAUUCAGAAUUAAAGACCCAGAAGAUUAAAAUUCCUUCUGAGAUGGCUACAAACCUUAUGAUUCUACACAGCUAUAUUUUAGUAAAGGCUCAUGUGAAACGUGGAGAUCACAUGAAGGGAGCGCGCAUGCUCAUACGUGUAGCCAACAACAUCAGCAAGUUCCCAUCACACAUCGUACCGAUUUUGACUUCAACAGUAAUUGAGUGUCACAGAGCAGGACUGAAGAACUCAGCCUUCAAUUUUGCCGCCAUGUUGAUGAGACCUGAGUAUCGAAAUAAAAUAGAUCCAAAAUACAAAAAGAAAAUUGAAGCAAUGGUCAGGCGUCCUGACACAACCGAGGCAGAAGAGCCAACGACAGCCUGUCCGCACUGCGCCUUCCAGCUCCCUGAGUGCGAACUCCUGUGUCCCGGGUGCAAGAACAGCCUGCCUUACUGCAUUGCCACCGGCCGGCACAUGGUACAAGAUGACUGGACAGUCUGCCCCCACUGUGACUUCCCUGCCCUCUAUUCAGAAUUCAAGAACAUGUUACAGAGUGAAAAUAUAUGUCCAAUGUGUUCUGAAAGAAUUAACAUUGUUCAUCUUAAGAAAAUCAGUGACUGCACACAGUACCUCAAACAAGACACGGACCAGUAAGUUCAGGUAUGUACAAGAGACUGUGUUCAUGGUGUAUUGUGUUUGGGUUCUUUUACUUGCUUGUUUUUGUUUAAUGGGGCUUAUUCUAGAAGAUAUUUGAAGUCUCUCCCAGCAAGGAAAGUUCGGGGUUCCAAGAAUUUAACUUAAAGCCUAUCUAUCCCUCAGAUCACUCAGGUACAGAUUUAUCACAUAUUUGCACUCAAGUGCACACAGCCUGGUAGUUUUUGGGACUGCAAGUAACCUAGCUGCUACAUCAUUCCCCCGUGAGGCUUUGGAACCAGUUUACCAUCUGCAGCAGUCCGGUUUGAUGUGUUCCUGGACCCCAGCUGUGUUUUAGUGGCACAGGGAGCAAUUUGGAGAUCUCAGCAAAUCCUUCUACUGAUCAGCCAUCAGAUUUUAGGAGGAUGGGAGCAGGGAAGAGCUCCUAACUAGAAGGAACAGAACUGAAAUGCAGGUUACGUGACCUUAUGCUGUAGGUUUCCAUAAUAGAGAAACGAGCUGCACAGUAAGUUCCAAACAUACUUAACACGGAAGCUAUCACAGGAUAACAGCAGUGUAGUAUUGACUUGACAUGCUUAAUUCAAAGAAUGAGACCAAGGCUUUGUCUGUACCUCACACCUGGAUUGAUCCAGCAGUUUGGUUUUGUUGAACUGGUAACUGAAGAUGCAUGAACAAAGUUCCUCAUUUAACUUAACAGUUGAAGGCUGAUGUAUUAGUGCAGAUACCAUAUAUGCAAACUUUGUCUUUAUAGCUAAGUAAUGGGAAGUGCUAUGGUGCAUGUAUAUAUAUUUAAAUUCACAAUACUGACCUUAUUUUUAUAUUAUUUGUUCAAAGAAGACCACAGUGUGCUAUCAGAGUCUUCACUGUGGGGUCUGACUAACUGUUCGUUUGUUUUCAGAACAGCCUGUCUUGCUCAGCAAGCUGCAAGGAACUCUAUCACUGCAUCACAUGCUUUCUCCACUGGGAUUUAACAACCAUAUCACUUCUAUUUUGUGAUAAUCUGUAAAUAUUUAGCUUUUGAUAAAUUUUGUACUUUGAUUUAUUAUAGUAAUAAACACCAUUGAUUAAAUUAAAAUCUUA